AUGGUAAGUUUCGGUUCUAGGGGGAACCACCUCCAACUAUCCAGCCACCACCCAUCUCACCCACUUAUCCACACCAACCGGAUCCCAUUGCAGAAGUUCUACGUCAUUGCAUUGGCCUUUGUCGGCCUCGCCGCCGCCGAUGUCAGUCAUCUGAAGUUGGGCCUGUCCGCCGACGGAGGCUAUGGACUCUCCGCCUCUUCAUCCGCAUUUUCCUCCGCCUCCUCCUCGGCGGAAGUAGUGCCAGGUGGCCAUUCCAGCUCGUACCAGCCCGCUGAAUACACUCCCGAGCACUUGAAGUCCGCUGAGGUUGUUCCUGGUGGCGAAUCCAGCUCUUACCAGCCCGCUGAAUACACUCCAGCUUAUCUUAAGACUUCGGUGCCAGCGGCAAUUGGAGCUGAUAGCUAUGCCCCAGUUCCAGCUGCUAUUGGUGCUGACACCUACACCCCUGAGAAGUUCAUUCCCCAGGCCGAUCAGGAGGCCCACUACAAGUACAUUCAGGAGCAGGAGCAGGAAGCUGUUGUUCCCGGAGGAGAUUCUAGCUCUUACCAGCCCGCUGAAUACACUCCCGAUCACUUGAAGACUUCUGAAGCUGUUGUUCCCGGAGGAGAUUCUAGCUCUUACCAGCCCGCUGAAUACACUCCCGAUCACUUGAAGACUUCUGUCCCAGCGGCCAUUGGAGCUGAUAGCAAUGCCCCAUUUCCAGCUGCUAUUGGUGCUGAUAGCUAUGCCCCAGUUCCAGCUGCUAUUGGUGCUGACACCUACACCCCUGAGAGGUUCAUUCCCCAGGCUGAUCAGGAGGCCCACUACAAGUACAUUCAGGAGCAGGAGCAGGAGCAGGAAGCUGUUGUUCCCGGAGGAGAUUCUAGCUCCUACCAACCCGCUGAAUACACUCCCGAGCAUUUGAAGUCCGCUAAGGUGAUUCCUGGUGGGGCUUCUAGUUCCUACCAGCCCGCUGAAUACACUCCAGCUCAUCUUAAGACUUCUGUCCCAGCGUCCAUUGGAGCUGAUACCUAUGCCCCAGUUCCAGCUGCUAUUGGUGCUGACACCUACACCCCUGAGAGGUUCAUUCCCCAGGCUGAUCAGGAGGCCCACUACAAGUACAUUCAGGAGCAGGAGCAGGAGCAGGAGCAGGAAGCUGUUGUUCCCGGAGGAGAUUCGAGCUCUUAUCAGCCCGCUGAAUACACUCCUGAGCACUUGAGGAUCGCUGAGGUGAUUCCUGGUGGGGAUUCUAGUUCCUACCAGCCAGCUGAAUACACUCCAGCUCAUCUUAAGACUUCUGUCCCAGCGUCCAUUGGAGCUGAUAGCUAUGCCCCAGUUUCAGAUGCUAUUGGAGCUGAUAGCUACACCCCCGAGAAGUUCAUUCCCCAGGCUGAUCAGGAGGCUCACUACAAGUACAUUCAGGAGCAGGAGCAGGAGCAGGAAGCUGUGAUUCCUGGUGGCGAUUCCAGCUCCUAUCAGCCCGCUGAAUACACGCCCGCUUACCUUAAGCAGUCGGUUGUAGCUGCGACCGCCGCCUCUGCUGUUUCUGGGUCAGAUUCCAGUUCCUAUCAAUCCGCCGUUGCCCAGACGAGCUACGUUCAUAGCCAGGGCCAGGCAGUCGUGGCCGGAUCAGCUGGCAGUUCCUACCAGAGCGCACAACCCAUCGCCGCCUUUGUCCAACGACAGGCACCAGUGGUCAUUGGAGCCAACACCAUUACACCUGCCCAUCUGUACGAGGAGCCCACCUCGAAUGGCAUCGAGGAGUUCAAUGCCGAGACCCAUGUGCCGGUGGCCAUUGGUGCCGACACCAUUACUCCUGCCCAUUUACAGAACACCUACUCCAAGUCCGGCCAGGACACGCAGUACGCGUCGAACGGCGGCUAUGUUUACUAA